AUGGCCAAUACAGCACCGCGCGACGCGCGCCAGGCGCGCAACCUCGACCCAGCCCAUGUAAUGGACUUUUCCAACUUGCACCUCGGACACGCACCGGCGUCCAAGACGGUCGUGACAAUUGUGGACAUGGACGUCUUCGUCUAUGGCCUCGAGGAGAUCAAGGACUCGAAGCGUCCAAUCGCCGUCGCGUGCCUCUCACACGGGUGGGCUAACAAGGCGAUGCACAUGGAACAGAUGGCGUAUGGCGUGUUGGGAGAAGCGCGGCGUCUUGAUAAGGAGGGCGGACGCAAGGUGUUGCGAGACAUGAUUGUCGUCACCCUGGACCACCGUAACCACGGCGCAAGGCGGAGGAACCCGAACGGACUCGUGUUCGCUAAUAACCCUCUCCGACUAUCGCAGGCUCACGCUACACUUGUCGGCGGUGUACAGGACUUUGAGCUCGUGAUGGACAGUCUCGCAUCUUACCUCUGGCCGCGGGACGAGCGCCGUAUCGAGGAAUGGAUGUACACGGGCGUGUCGCUCGGCGGACACUUGACCUGGCGCAUGUUGCGGGACGACCCCCGCAUCCGAAUUGGCGCGCCCAUCGUCUCCAUCCCCCCCGAGUAUCUUGCUGGUAUCCUCACACGCCAAUUCCGCGUCCCGCCACCCGACGACCCUCUCAACAUUAUCCCCAGUACGGUCCGGAACGCGUUUGAGCUCCAGGCCGCUCCAGGCUCAUACACCAACAAGAAGAUCCUGAGUCUCCACGGCGCGAUCGACGAGACUAUCCCCGUCCGCGUGGCCAAGGACGAAUUCGUACGCAUCCGCGGCGAGACGGGCAACCUCGAGGUAUAUGUGCAGGACGGGAUGGGACAUGUCGUGACGCCCGAGAUGGUCAAGCGUGUGGCCGAGUGGUUCUGGCGCUGGGGAUGCUGCGAACAGCGCGAGGCCAAGUUAUAG